GUGAAGAGCAACUGAGUCACCUCCCCCGACCUCACGGAUCGUCUCGCGUCGGAGAUGAAGCUGUUGUUCGUCUCAGCCUUCGCUUUGGGUCUCCUGAUGACCUCCGGGAAUGCUGGGUCAUCUGGGUAUGGAGGCAAAGGAGGAGGAGGAUUUGGAGGCUACGGUGGAGGAGGAGGAGGAGGUUACGGUGGAGGAUUUGGAGGCUACGGUGGAGGAGGAGGAGGUUACGGUGGAGGAUUUGGAGGCUACGGUGGAAGAGGAGGAGGAGGAUUUGGAGGAGGAGGCGGACGUUACGGUGGAGGAGGAGGAUUUGGAGGCUACGGUGGAGGUGGAGGAGGAUAUGGAGGAGGUUACGGAGGGGGAGGAUUUGGAGGCAAAGGAAGCGGGUUUGGAGGAGGAGGGUUAGGAGGCUACGGCGGAGGUGGAGGAGGAAGUUACGGAGGAGGAGGAUUUGGUGGACACGGGUUCUACGGAAAAUAAAUGCUUCUUGACGGGGCGUAAGAUAAAUGCUUUGUAAUUUAUUGAAUAGAUUCUUUUAAACUGCUAUUUAUCACAAUAUUCGAAUAAUCUGAAAUUAGAAAUAAACAUACGGAAGAUC